UCGUAACUUGCUGGAAGAGUAGGAGUCAGGCAGCUGUUCGUGUUUUUAGUUGUGCAGAUCAUCUGCUUGGAAAUCGGUCAGACAUUCUGCCGGUUCAGUUCUAAUCAGCAGGAUUCAGCAUGGCCACCAACAAUACACUCAAUGCAACUUUGCCCGAUUACUUCUACGACAAAUGUCUCGAACCGGGUCUCUUGCUUCCGUUCUUCGACGAGUCCAAAUGGAAUAUGGGAGUGCGGGCCUUCCUGUACCUGCUGGCCCUGCUAUACUGCUUUCUGGGCAUCGCCAUCAUCGCCGACAUCUUCAUGUGUGCCAUCGAGAAAAUCACUAGCAAAACGCGCAAAAUCAUGCUGUCGACAUCCAACGAGCUGGAGCCAGAGGUCAUCGAGGUCAAGGUCUGGAAUGACACGGUGGCCAACCUCACACUGAUGGCCCUUGGUUCCAGUGCACCUGAGAUUCUAUUGUCCAUCAUAGAGAUUGUGGGCAACAACUUCGAAUCUGGAGCCUUAGGACCCGGAACCAUUGUAGGUUCCGCAGCUUUCAACUUGCUCGUCAUCUGUGGCGUGUGCAUAAUGGCUUUACCGGCAGGCGAAACGAGAAGAAUUCGUGCAUUCAGCGUGUUCAGCGUGACAGCGUUUUUCAGCGUAUUUGCAUACAUUUGGCUCCUGAUCAUCCUCCUCGGAGUCACCCCUCAUGUGGUGGAAGUGUGGGAGGCUGUUGUAACUUUUCUGUUCUUCCCAGUCCUUGUAGGCAUCAGUUAUGCUGCAGAUAAAGGUCUUUUCAAGGUCAAAAUGCUUGGCAAGCCCUCCAAACAGAUGGAAGUGGAUUCAGUGACAGGUACAGUAAAGAAAGAGGAAUAUUUUCCGAAGGGUCAGCUGAACAAAGAUACUCUUGUUAAAUUUAUAAAGGAAGUCCGCAAACACCCAGCCUUGACGGCGGAAGAUGCUGCCUGCUUGGCGGCCGCCAGGCUCGUGGAAGAGAGCGAACAUACAAGAAUGUGGUACAGGAUUGGCGCCAUUCGCGAUUUGUCGGGAAGCAAGAAACCCAAACCCAGUCUCAGCAAGAAGCUCAAGAAGGUUUACAGUCUGCUCGGUCAAGAGGGAGAUCAGGUGGACAGCAAAGCAAUAGCUCCCGAGGAGCAGAAGGACAUUCCAGUACUGGAUUUCAAGGCGGCAACGGCAGCAGUGAUGGAAAAUGCGGGAAAAGUUGCCGUCAAAGUGAAGCGGCACGGAAAAACCAGUGGAAUCGCUAGAUGCAGGGUGGAGACCAUUGAUGGUACCGCCGUGGCAGGGGAGGACUACGUUCCCCUGAAGGAAAUCCUCACUUUCCAGGACGGCGAAUUGGAGAAGGAAAUACACGUUGAGAUUGUGGACGACAACCAAUGGGAACCGGACGAGACCUUCUUCUUGAAGCUGUGCAUCCUGCCCGAGGAUGUCGGACAAGUGAUGUUGGGAAGGGUCUGCAUUAUGGAAAUCACUAUCCUCAACGAUGAUGAACCCGGUGUUCUACAAUUCAAGCGACGAGGUCUGUUGGUUCAAGAGAGCAUUGGUACUGCCCUUAUUCCUGUCGUCCGAACCAAUGGAGUGGACGGUGUAGUGACCGCCAAAUGGCGUACCAUCGACAGGACUGCAGUUUCCGGCAAAGACUACAUCGGAGGCGAAGGAGAAAUCACCUUUGAGCACGGAGAAUCGGAAAAGAACAUCGAAAUUCCCAUUGUCGACGAUUUCAAUGCGGAGAAGGACGAACACUUCGAAGUUGAACUGUUCGAUCCAGUAGGAGGCGCCAGCAUCGGGCAGGUGAACAGAUCAACGGUGACGAUCACAAAUGAUGAUGAUUUCAAUUCGAUCGUCAACAGAGUUGCUGUCAUGACUAAUGUGAACGUAGAUAACGUGAGACUGCAGUCUGAGACAUGGGGGGAACAAUUCAGAGCGGCUCUCACUGUGAAUGGCGGCGACCUAGAAAAUGCUACGACACUGGAUUACGUCCUUCAUUUCCUGACAUUCGGAUGGAAGUCUAUCUUUGCACUUGUACCACCAACUGGUAUUUGUGGUGGCUGGCUCACUUUCUUCAUAUCUCUGAUCCUGAUUGGCGUCUUGACGGCGAUUGUUAGUGAUUUGGCUACUAUUUUCGGAUGCCUCGUUCACUUGGACGAUGCCGUGACUGCAAUCACGUUUGUUGCUCUGGGUACAUCUCUUCCGGAUCUUUUUGCAUCGAUGGCGGCAGCAAGGCAAGAAAAGUACGCCGACAAUGCAAUUGGCAAUGUGACUGGAAGUAACUCUGUGAACGUCUUUCUUGGACUUGGAUUGCCAUGGCUGAUUGCAAGCAUAUUCUGGGCCUCUAAAGAUCAAGCAUUUAGAGUAGAAGCAGGAACUCUGGGCUUCAGUGUUGCCAUUUAUUCUGCUUUGGCGAUUGCAUGCAUCUCUCUUAUUGUGGCAAGGAGAUAUAUGGCUGUGCUAGGAAGAGCAGAACUCGGUGGCCCUCGCAAUGUAGCAUUAGGAUGUGCUAUUGCAAUGAUUUCAAUGUGGUUCUUGUAUGUUAUGCUAUCAUCACUUGAGGCAUACGGUUACUUUCAUUUCUAAACAAAAGACAUGGGUUGAACAUUGAAAAAUUAAUCAUCCCCUUGUCUGGAAUAUAUCAUCUGUAAAUAUUAUUCAGUUUAAUUUUUUUUUAUUCUUAUUUUAUUUGAUGAGGAAUUUAUCUCAUUUCUUGAGAAUAUUUUUGAUGUUUAAAUGAUUCAGUUAUUUGAUGCAUUGAAUUUUAAAAUUUUCUUGAUAAGAGCUUACAACAUGAUGAAUUUAAUUAUAAAUUGCAAAUGCACAUUUAUUUUAAAAAUUUUAUUAAAAA